AUGUCAUUAAGUAAAGAAGAAAGAAUUGAUUAUACAAAUUCGAUUUUAUGUUUAAAAUCUAAACCUUCAAUCACACCUAAUCAAAUCGCACCUGGAGCUAAAUCCCGAUAUGAUGAUUUUAUUGUAACUCAUAUUAAUCAAACUUUUACAAUUCAUGGUACAGGUAAUUUUUUGGCUUGGCAUAGGUACUUUAUACAUAUUUUUGAAAAAGCUUUAAGAGAUGAAUGUGGUUAUAAAGGUUACCAACCAUAUUGGAAUUGGGCACGAACGUCUCAAGAUAUUUUAAAUUCACCUGAUUUUAAUGGUCAAGAAGAUAGUUUAGGAUCCAAUGGGAUUCCUAAAAAAAGGGAAGAAAUACAAUUCGUUUUUGGAAAUCGUCAUUCUAUUAAACUUUCAAAUGGUCAAGGAGGUGGAUGUAUUAAAUCAGGUCCAUUUUUAAAUAUGACGGUGAAUUUAGGUCCGAUCGGUCCAUUAUUCAAUGUAGGACCAUUAGUUAAAAACCCAUUAGAUUAUAAUCCACGUUGUAUUACACGAGAUUUAUCUGAUUUUAUUGCCAAAAAUUAUCAAAGUGAAUCUUUAAUAUUAAAAUUAAUUUUAAAUAGUCAAUCCAUAGGUAUCUUUCAAAAUGAUUUACAAGUUAAUAAUCAGCAAGAUCUUAUGAGUUUACAUCAAGCUGGUCAUUUUGUUUUUGGUGGUGAUCCUUCUAGUGAUAUUUUUGUUUCACCAGGUGAACCAAUGUUUUUCUUACACCAUGCAAUGGUAGAUAAAGUAUGGUGGAUCUGGCAAAACUUAAAUCCAAAUCAAAGAACAUAUUCAAUAUCCGGUACUAAGACUAUGUUUAAUAAUCCUCCUUCACCCGAAGCAAGUUUAGAUGAUUUCAUCGAUUUAGGAUACAAUGCUGGUUCAGUAAAGUUAAAUGAAUUGAUGUCAACUGUUAAGGGUCCUUUCAAUUAUAUUUAUGUUUAA